AUGGCUCCGCCGCCCGCGCGAAUGGCGACCACUGCCGCCACUGCCCUGGUCUCCCGCCAGGCGCUUCUCAGAGCCACUGUUGGCAGGACAUCAGCACCCGCAGCUUUUGCUCUUCAGCAAUGGAGGACGUACGCGACGCCGGCGGGGCCACCACCCAAGGGCUUCAGGUUACCUCCUCCGACUGAGUGGGAUCAAGAGAAGGAGGGGACCAUGGCCAAGGUCAGCAAGUACUUCCUGCUCUCCGAGAUGGGCAGGGGUAUGUACGUGCUGCUUGAGCAGUUCUUCAGGCCGCCUUACACCAUCUUCUACCCCUUCGAGAAGGGACCCAUCUCUCCGAGGUUCCGUGGUGAGCACGCUCUGCGAAGAUAUCCCUCCGGUGAAGAGCGUUGCAUUGCCUGCAAGCUCUGCGAGGCUGUCUGCCCUGCCCAGGCUAUUACUAUCGAGGCCGAAGAACGUAUGGACGGCUCGCGUCGCACAACCCGCUAUGAUAUCGAUAUGACCAAGUGCAUCUACUGUGGUUUCUGCCAGGAGUCAUGCCCAGUCGAUGCCAUUGUCGAGUCGCCCAAUGCCGAAUAUGCCACUGAGACGAGGGAGGAGCUGUUGUACAACAAGGAGAAACUUCUUUCGAACGGCGACAAGUGGGAGCCUGAACUGGCUGCUACUAUUCGGGCGGACUCGCCUUACAGGUAA